AGUAAUCUUCAAAAUCCCCAGCACCCUAAAUUGUUCUAUAUUUGUUGAAUUGCAAUUGAUAAUAAUAAAAUAGUAGUAUUUGUUUAUUUAACAGGAUUAUGAAUUAUACCUUUGGAAAUUUGCUGCUUGCGGUUGAAGAUGAAGCUCCGAUGGUACUGAAACCUUUCAAUGUUUUGAAUAGCUUAGACAUACUCAAUGUAAAAAAAAUACUCCGUAUAAAAUAAAUUCGAAGAUGAUACUCUUGCUGCCUUCCUCUUCUCUGGGCUAUCUGGCUAGGUAUGCUAUCACGGGGUGAAUUGUGUAGAGCAAAUUACCAAUAUAUGUAAAAAUAUAUAAGUGCAACAAGGACUGACCCUACUCUGUUCGUAUUCAAUUAUUGCAAAUCCUCCCCAUCCACUCAUUUACCAUCUUAUCUUGGCAAAAAAAAAAUGAAAACGCAGGAAAAGUGAUCGGAGUAGGUGACUCCAUUUAGUGCAUUGGUAUUCGAUUUUAUUUCCCUUUAUUUUUUCUAAACUUGUCUUAAUGAUAUGUUUAUACAAGAUUUUGAAUUUGUGCGUAGUCGUCUGCUAAAGUUUUCAGUUUUAAAAGCUUUAUUAGCAAGGGCGGUCCAAUUGGUAGUGGUGGGAGAAGUAGCGCCGCCGCGAGAGGGUGAAUUCGGCGACCACUCGGAAGAUAUGGAAAUUCCUUCUGCAGGCCAAGGAGAAGUAUCACCUCCGGCAGGCCCAUGUCCCUGGCUGGUGUUUGACGACGGCGAAGGUUACAAAACGCAAACUUUUUGCUGCAACAUUACAGGACCACCUUCCUCCUCGGUCAAGAUGUAUCCCAAGAGAAUCCCAGUUUUGCAAAACAAAAAGGUUGUUUGUUGUUCCCAUGGCAAGCUAGUUUUGUUGGAUGUUGAUACCAAACUGCUGUCACUCUGCAAUUCCACCACCUUUGAUGACAUUAUAUCCCUUCCUAGUUUGCAUCACUUGUCAAAUUACGGGAUUGAUACUUGUCUGCUACUCGACAAUAAGUUGGAUGAUCUCAUGGUUGUAAUAUUCUUGGAAAGUUUUCCAUCCAUAGUGUGCUGUUCAGUUGGUUCUGAAAGUGAGUGGAGUGAAAUAGCAUACGGGGAGCAGUUGAAUGCCUAUUUUCCUGAUGACCUCAUAGAAAAGUUUGAACAUGCUGGAGUCGGACCUCUCUUUUUUAGUAGGGCAGCAGUUAUUUGUGACAGUAUACUGAUUGUCAAUCUUCAAAUAAAACGGCGUGAUUGUUUCUUCCUUACUUGGGUGAUAGAGAUUGUUGAGGAAGAAGAACGACUGGGACUGGUGUUGUUUUUUGCGGUGGGUGCGCCUAAUGGUACAUUUCGAGGACCACAGACUCCUAUAAAUGUGUAUUUGUUGGAAUCUUGUGGGGAAAUCUUCUGUUUAUAUUUUUUCACUAAAGCUCUAGCCUUUGAGGUCUACAGACUGAAUUUUGAUGACCUGGUCUUUGAGAGAGUUAAAGAUGUAAGGGACAUAGCGUUCUUUGUUGGGGAGAGGUAUUGUCUGUCCUGUCCUAUAUCAGGACCGGGUCUCAUAUACUUCACCACCUACGGUGACACCGAUAAUUUAUAUUGCUUCUACACACAUGAUGAUAGCAUUACGGCGUCUCCCCUUCCUUGUCCAUUGCUUUCUUCUCCAACAUGGAUGUUUUGCAAUGUUAUGGCUCAUGACAUGCCUCUCAGGCUGGAAGAAAAUCAUUGCAACAAAGGCAUCAUCAGCAAGCAAGGAAAAAACAGCACCACUCAAUCAAUAUGGGAGUUUGAUGAGAAUGGAGAGCAAGGCAAAAGACUUCGCGACCUUCCUUUGGAUAUGUUUGAAGAAGUUUCCAAGCAUCUCGUAGCAUUUGAUUACCUGAGUUUUCGAGGUGCGAGUAAAAUCUUCCGUUCUGUUGCCCCUCCAAUCAGUUGGAGAAGAGCAUUGUCAGAAGGAUUGGGAGCUUAUAAUUUCUCUUGUCCAUUGCUCAUGUUUGCCAACAGAGCUGAAAAUGUUUACAAAUUUGUAGAUCCCAAUAUAAACAGCAGCAGUUAUAAUUAUUACCUGAUGAGGAUCCCCGAUUCUCUUCAAAUUCCUAUAACCAUCUGUUAUUCACAUCAAGGCUGGUUGCUUUUGUUGAAACCUCUGCGUGCCGUUCAUCUCUACAACCCGUUUACCCGGGACAUCAUCAGUUGCAACCGUAGGUACGGGGAGGGGGUUGAGGAGAGCACAUUUUUCUAUUCAAAGCCAUCUGCUAUUACUACUUCUAAUGGCGAUUGUCCAAUCAUUAGCGUUGGUUUCUUUGAGGAGAAGAAAACUAUGGUUAAAGUGAUCAGCCCCCGCCCCGGGGAUGAAAUUGUGAGGCAUUUUGAUGUGGAAAGCGAUAGGGUUUUCAAGGUGGAAAGCCAUUUGACAAGCCCGGCUUUGUUCCAAGAUGCUUUCUAUUACUUAGAUAAGCAAGGACGUCUUGGAAAGCUUAAAAUAACAGAUUUGUCAGUGGGAGACAACUUGAGCUGGGAAGUUCUUGACAAACCCCAAUGCCCAGAUGGGCUUAUUGAUUCUUCAUAUCACAACUACCUGGUGGAGUGCGGCGGGGAGCUGAUUUCGGUGUUUGUUGGGCGUUUGGGUAAAUGGGUUUCGGUUUACAGGCUGAAUGGUGACGAAGAGGCUUGGGAAACGGUCACGGAUCUGGGCGGAUACGACUUGUACCUCAGCCCAUCUUCAUCCUUGUCUGUUUUGACAAAGACAAGAGGGAACAGAAUCUAUUGCCCUUGGCUUCGUGGUUCUGAAAUUGUGUUCUUCUCUCUGGACACAGGCAAAUGGCAUUUCUCAGGGAGCGGAGAUUCAUCAUGUGAUCUUUACGGUACGAGAAUGCACCUCAACUCAUGUUGGGUUAUGCCCACUUGGUAGUUUGUUUAUUUACAUACAUACACAUGGUAACUUUGGGGGGUGUUCAUGGUACACAUUCUUAUUGAAUUUAUUUACAUCACAGUAACAUUAAUAAUGAGGGUCUGUUUGU